CAGGAACAGCAGCAUCUGUAUGUCUAUCGGUAAGAUGAAUACGAAUAGACUCUCGUAGCAAAAAGCUGACCUAUCGAUCGGUGCACUACUAAUGUAGACGUAAAGCAGACAAAAAAUGUGUCAGAGUCUCGGUCAUGCAUCUUCUCCAUGCACGUCUAGAAGUAUCAAAACCCUAAGCCAACCUUUUCCUGAAAAACCUGCAAAAUCCUUACUCCUUUUCACAAAAACGAAAACCUGCUUUACUACAUGCUUUACAGAUCAUGUCUUCUUAUCAUCUCUUGAAGAAAGUAUUAUGGGUACUACAACUGCAGUACAUGUACAAGUAGUUGAUCUUACACCUGCAUUCAUCUUCAUCGUCGUUACUAGGUAGUAUACUUGAGUGGAUCGUCGAACAAUUUGUCUAGUUCCAAUAUGCCUCAUGCCCAUUAUUCAUUUUCAUCAAGUAGCAAGUAGUGGCAUCACAGCCAAUGCUUAGUAGAUUAGUUUCUACUUUUCAUUUUCUUGAUCUUGACCUUGAUCUUUUUCCUAGAAGUUUAUCUUGCGCAGAGUCGUGUCAAAGAUGUCCGAUGAGGCAGCGGCUGCUCUGCCGGCUGAUGCCGACAAUGUUGCCGUUGAUGGUGUUGAAAGCGCUGCAGUUGUAGAGUCGUCUACUGCGUCUAGUGGAGUAGAAGCUGGAACCACAGAGCAGGUUAGCAGUACUCAGGAAACGAGCAAAGAGGACACGAAGGCUCAGGACAGCUGCGUUGUGGGCGAGGAUUCUACUGCUGCUGCAUCAACUGCAGAGAAAGCAACAAAUGAAACGACUACGGAGCACGCUUCUGCGUCCCAAGUAGACGACGCAAUGACGAAAAACCUGUUAUCUGUACUACUUAUUUUUGACAACCGACAUUGUAAAACUAGUAGUCCUGAUAAAAAAAAAACGCUGUCUGUUGUCUCCGUGGUGUACUCACUCUCUUAACAACACCUUCAUCGUCCCCAACCCCAUGCAAAAAAUACCUUUUUCAUCCUGCAACUGUCAGGUGAUUACUACGCAGGCAGAGAACUCUUUGAGAGAGGAGACCGAGGUGAAAAACGAGCCAGGGUCACCGAGUCGAACGAAAGCCUCAAAAGAGGGAAAACAUUCCCAAGAAGAGGUAAACUAUAAUUAAUAUUUUUCCAUCCUAUUUUAUUCUAUCAUCUUGUUUCGUCACGACUAGGUUUCUUUAGGACACAUCAACUCCCUCGUCGUCUUUUUUUUUGAUGGGUCGUGCGCAGGUAUCUUACUGAUGAGUAGAUGUAGACUUUUUCUGCCUUGUUCUUUCUGCUUCAAAGCUUUUUUUUUCCGACGACCGACCACAAGAGCGGAUGUAGUUCUUUUUUGAGGGGGCUGGGAUAGGAAGGUCGCGAUCGUGACCUGACAGUAUUGACAGUAUUUUGUUUUGUUGGCAGGGCAGCUAAAAAUUGUGAGCUGCGGGGAGCUUUUUUGUUUCUAUGGCGGCGUUCUCGUCGUGUGCCUGGGAAAGGGUGGGAUGGGGAAUGUGGAGAAAGUCAAGCGUAGUUUUUUCCAUACGUCCUCAGGGUAGAACAAGUAUUGAAAAUGUCAACUACAUUGCAGUUUGUUUAUGACCUCCGUCUAGAAUGAUGAAGUUGAAGGUGAGCAAGGAUUUUUAGCACCCAUUUUUUCUUCUCGAUACCGAUAAGCAAGAGUACACCUCCACAAUGACGGUGGCACAUCAACCUAUGUUGCCACCCAAUGAAGACUACCAACACGAUAAUGUUGACAUCUCACAGUGGGUCGCGCCGGGUUACGACUAUGGCGAUGAGGAGAUGGCAUAUUCGCCACACGACCACGACGACAGAGAAGUACAGAUGUAUGCGACGGGGGUGCUGGACCACAAACGAAAACGACCAGUGUAUGAAAUUCCAGAACCAGCAAUUGCGCGCAAAAUGCUUCCGGGACCAACGUACGUGAAAACACAAGAACUACUCUUGCAAGAUCUAUAAUAAACACGAGAAAAAUUGGAGACGAAGAAUGUAGCAGGCAUGCACGACCCAUUUUGAAAGAGCAAGAAAGAAGUUGAUACGUAAAACAGCACUUUAGGAUCAUGUUCAUCCUAAAAAUCACCUCUUUCCAACGUUCUCACAGGAAAAUGCAGACGUUAUCACAAUUCAAGAGGGGUCCGAAAUAUACAAUGGGCAUGAAGUCCCAAUUCGGUGACCCUAUCGCAGCAGUAGACUCCGGAACACCAGCUCCAGGAACCUAUAUCAUCAAAGAUACAUCGAAUAGCAAGUACUCAAUGUUGUAGGAAAUCACACAUGGACAUAACACAGCUGAAGUCUACUAAUUUACCUCACAAGUAGAGCAAAACUGUUAUUUGAUGAAUGCAGCUUCCACCCAUUGAGAAUGUUGAUCAUAGGUGGGGAAUGCUGUUCAUCUCCCUGUUUCUUCUUACUUAAUAAAUUGGAACGACAUUCCGGAUUCCCCUAUAACUUGGCCCUGGGUUCUCAAUGAGUGGCGUCAUACGUUCGGUUUGAACUCUGAAACACUCACUUCUCCCGACAAGGUGGACAACUACGAACUACCUAAGUAAGAACAAACAAAUUAUUCCUGCCACUGCUUCUAGUAGAACAACAACUGCAAGCAGGAACUAAGUACAUCACGACAAAUUUGUAAGAUCAUUCAAAUACAAACUCCUAACACUGAACAGGGUGAAAGUGUUUCCGCAUAUCAGUUUCGGAAAAGGACGACGAUUCCCACGGUCAAUAGGACAAGGACCAGCGCCAGGAGAGUACAGCUAUCUCUUAUGUAGUCCUCGGUCUGAGAUUUCCCAGUCACAGAUAUUAUCUUAAACUUCAUCGCUCUUUCUACUAGUACUUCUACCGCAAGGACUGCUCUAUUAGGCUCCAGUCUAUUAAACCAAUAGCUAGUUCAUCACAUGCACAAGCAUACUGACUCAAUCUACAUCGUUGCACCAAUAGCUAGUUCACAUGCACAAACAUACUGACUCAAUCUACAUCGUUGCACCAAUAGCUAGUUCACAUGCACAAGCAUACUGACUCAAUCUACAUCGUUGAAUGAAUGGAUCCAUCAUCAUCCACCUCUCCCAGUUACGAUCCAGUUUCCCAACUGUCCUCGAGUUAUCGUGUAACCUUCGGAAACGCACCUCGAGAUAAAGGUGGUCACAGUCAUAGGGAACCAGGACCAGGAACAUAUGAAUUUCGAUCGACCGUUGGUACUGCUCAUCAUGAGCUUAAUAUGGCUAACUUACUAGAUUUAAUACGAAGUUGUAGUGUGUCGUGGGUUUUUAGAGAUUACUCAGACAGUUGCAACGUUUCUGUUUGAAGAUCAUUGUUGAUAUCUAGGGAUUUGGAUUUCAUUCUCACGACCGAAAAUAAAGGUAAUGGUCCGCGAUUUACGGCGCGAGGUCGAAAGGCGUUUGCGACUAAGGAGAAAACAGAUUUGACACCUGGUCCUGGGGCAUAUAGCGUGCCCAGCUUGACGGAGAGGGGUGUCCGAUGUGGUUUUGGUACCUCAACGCGCGAUUCCGCAGGAAAACUUGUCGGCACGGGACGAAUGGGGUAUUUUGAGACUUCUUUUUCGGUAGUGCAUCAUGCCAAAGUAUAUUGUUCGCCUUCGACAAUGAUCCUUGUUAUAUUAAGUACGCAGAAUGAUCAAUCCACCUCGUCCUUCUCUUAUUAGCUCUUGCAAAGACAAAAGAGUCGGGGUCGGCCCAAAUGAAUAACAUCUCCAUCGGCCCAAAUUAAUAACAUCUGCAUCGGCCCAAAUGAAUAACAUCUCCAAUCGGCCAAUAAAGAAUCUGCCAAUAACAUCCCUACAACUUCUUCUGACAUCCCUACUCAACUUCUGCCAGAAACCCCGGACCUGGUGCAUAUAAUUUGAAGAGUACGCUAUCAGAGCCAAGGGUCACCCUGACCGGACGUAUGCGUGAUGUUGGCAAUAUCGAUCAUCUGAUGACGCCUGGCCCAGGCCAGUACAACGUUCAUUGCAGCAGCUUCGGGUACUAGUAGCAGCUUUGGAGAAGUCGUGUAGCUUACUAGUAGAAGUGCUUCUCCGACGAACAGUUCAAAUAUAUGGUAUGCAGAAACAGAAAUACUAUUACUAACUAUAAGUAAAUCAACUAGUACUAGCUACGCAACGAAAAUUCAAAUACGAACUGAAUCACUCGGUUGUAUGAAAAUUAUGAAUUAGAUAGCUUACAAAUGCAAUUCAUUGACUGGCACACAAACGAAAAUUUCAACUUCUUUCAUCAUCCUGAUAUGAAACAUAAAAUGAACAGUUGUGAAAAUAUGCACAGAAAUAACUAGAUCGGACCUCGAUUUCUUACAUUGAACAGAUUAAGAGCUACGAAACGCACACUCAGAGACACAACAAUCUAAUCACAAAAAAAGACGAUGCAACCGUCCAACUUGUCAUUCUUGUUAACUUUGAUACAAAAAUAGCAAUGGAGAAGAAAAGCUCCUAUGACUAAUACGAUUACACCGCCGAAAAUAUGAUUGACGAUCAUUCUUAUCCUCGGGCUGGUCUGCCAGAGCCAUUCGCUUGCGCACUUGAAAACAUUGAAAGCCAAUACUAAGCUGAUCUUAAAAGGAAAUGAAGUUUCAGAAAGUCGAUCUUGAAAUUAAGCCGGAAUGAUGUUAGUUACGCUUACUUACGCAAUAACGACUAAAAUUAAAAACUGUAUGCUAUCGUUUGUUCUUAUAAAUAUCUUUGUGGUAGUUCUAAUCAAUGACGACCAUGAAUAAGUACGUAUGAUCAGUUAAAUCUACGAGAACGGUGAUGUCUAUCAUACGGAUAAUCAUAAUAGCGAACCUUGUGAUUGUCCAUGAAGAUGGUCCAGAAUAUGUCUUCUAGUUGCUAAAUAAAUGAACCUCUCAUCCACCUCUCCACUCGGGUUCUCUAUUCGGGCUUGUUGUUCUUGUAUAAAUUUAUGAAGAUGAUCCUUGACUUACCUAGGUGGACCACCAGAUUAGGAGGUGAGUAUCUGCUGGGCCACUCUGCGGGCUCGUUCGAAGAGGGACCUCCACAACUAGAUGACUGAACGAAAGAAUAAAU